GCCGACGCCAGCUGGCGCAGCAGCACGGCACAACGCAGUAGCAACCAGGACUGCAGCGCUGGUGGGUCGUGCUGCAACGUGAGAGCCGCCGUGUUUGGGUGCUAGCGAGGUUAUUGCUGAGAUCACUUUGCAGUCAGCAGCUCGAUGAGUGACGGUUGUGACAGUGGCGGUGGGGACACCGGCGGAGGUUGCGACAGUGGGGGUGGCUUCUCCGGAGGCGGAGACUCCUCCUGGAGCGGUGGGGGCGGCGGUGGAGACCACGGCAGCAGCGACAGUCACCACCACUCGUCCAGCCACUGGGGCGGUGGCGACCACAGCUCCAACCACUGGGGCAGCGACAACAAGACCGAGUCCAGCACCGACAACAACGACUGGUGGAAGUCGUAUGGGGCUGGAGCCGGAGCUGACACAGGAACUGCUGACAACGCCAACUGGUCGAGCACCACCAACUACAACGAUGACAGCAGCCAACGCAAGCGUGAUAAUCGUAGGGGAGGGGGAGGCGGUGACUGCUGCAACCUGUUAUAGCACCAGCAGCAGUCUCAACCCCACUGGACAGCAGCGCCAAAGGAUGUCAUCAGCGCUAACCAACUCCUGUUCUUGGGAGUUUUGAUUUUGCCACAUCGAGACAUGGAAUAUGUGGCUGGGUCCGUUUAUAAACUUUCGUCUCCGAUUAGGGAGACAGAACAAUUUUAUACAAAUAUUUCGUCUGUGGACAGUCGAAUUAACAUAGAACAUGCGUAGCAUUUGUCUAGGUUUGGGAAUUCAAAUUAACUACAGCAAAAACAAAG